AUGGCAUCGAUACGCGGGCUCGUAACGGCGUUGCUGCUGGUUCAGCAAACGCUCGCCCAGAGCUUCACAAUCUCCAAUGGCCAGAUCUUCACACCCGGCUUCGUCGUUCUCGACGCUCCUCAGCCCAAUACUCCCCUGGGAGGGGACACUCUGCAUGUAGCUAUAGAUGUGACUGCCAACGGCAAGCUGGCCCUGCCGCCCCACGGCGAGAAUGACCCCAGCCAGAUAUUCAACGUCACAAUGUUCCUCUACAGCUACACCACGGGUCGCAACUUCACCAUCUCCAACGGCACCGCCAGCGCCAACAAUGCCAGUCUCGGUGAGAUCAUGACUCAGGAACCGGGCAGCACGGUCAAGCACAUCAACUGGGUGUGGCCGGAUUGCCUAGUGGGCAAUGGCGUCCCCGACGGCGACAACAGCGACAGGGGCACAUACAAUAUCUCGAUCCGGCAGAACUUUCGGCUGAACGGGGAGGACCACUACACCAUCUUCGAUGUGCCGAUCGCUGUGACCAACAGCAUCGAGGAGAAAGACGACCGACCGACAUGCGAUUCGCUGACGAACGAGCUGCUGUCGUAUGAAGAGAUUGACGCGGAGACGGCGAACAAAGUAGGUGUACUUUUUGCGCCUGGCGAUGCGACUGAGGUGGAGACGCCGACGGAGACGGAGAUAGAGACUGCGACAGUGACGUCGAAGGAGACAGGAACGUCGAUGGAAACAGUCAACUAUAGCACAGACUGCCGCAGGUCAAUUGCCAGCAUGCCGAUGCACCAGGGCCUUAUCCCACGCGAGGGCUUCUGCGCCGAUGUUCUCGUCCGACUCAUCCGCCAGACUGCCUUGAACCCGGCCUUCCUGCUCCCCCUCGUUCUCCUCGCUCGCUUCACCAAGAAGGGUGAAAACCUCUCAAUCCUCCACCCCUCGGCGACUCGCCGUCUCAAGACGCUCUUCUGGCUGUCAAUCGCCCGGUGGCUCAACGGCUGGGUGUCGGAGAAGGUUCGCAACAACUGGGUCAGUGACGUGUAUGACUGGUCCAAGGAGAUUGUCUUGGUGACGGGCGGCGCCGGAGGUAUCGGAGGGCAAAUCGUGAAGUUGCUGGAGGAGCAUGGCGUAACUGUGGUAGUGCUCGAUAUUCAACCCAUGUCCUUUACCGUCUCGUCCAAAGUACACCAUUUCGAGUGCGAUAUUCGAUCACCCGAGAAGUUGGAAGAGGUGGCGGAAAGGAUCAGAAGUCAAGUCGGACACCCGACCGUAGUCAUCAAUAACGCCGGAGUUGCCCGGGGUAAGACGGUCCUGGAGGCUCAACCGAGUGAUAUCCGAUUCACCUUUGAUGUCAACACGCUGGCACCUUACUGGACAGCCAAGACGUUCCUCCCCAACAUGGUUACUAAUAACCACGGGAUGAUUGUCACGGUUUCAUCCUAUGCGGCGUGGCUGACAAUUCCUAACAUGGUCGACUACGGGGCGUCUAAGGCGGGUGCCCUGGCCUUUCACGAAGGAUUGUCUGCCGAGUUGACGACUCGAUACAAGGCUCCCAAGGUCCGCACGGUCGUAGUGCAUCCGGGUCACACCAGGACGGCGCUCUUCGCCGGCUACGACCAACAGACCGGGUUCUUGAUGCCCCAACUGGAGCCCGAAUCGGUGGCCGAUGCUGUGGUCAAGCAGGUCCUGAGUGGACGAAGCGGGCAGGUGGUGCUCCCGGGGACCGGAACGAUCCUGACAGCUCUCCGGGCCAUGCCGGACUGGUAUUCGAUCCGUCUGAGGGCCAAGGCAGAAGUGGCCAUGACAAACUUCAGGGGUCGGCAGGUGAUUGAGGAUGUGGAUGCAUCUUACUGCGAGGAUGCUCAAGGUGCUAAGAGGGGCCAUAUUGACACGAGCGAGAGUACGGUGUUGGUCUCGGACGAGUAG